AAGAAGAAUAUUUUGAGAGAAGAAAAGAGGGGAUUUUUUUGGCGCUGAAAGAAUCCUUUUGUCUUCCUCUAUUUUUUUCCUCGACUGGAUUACCGUUCUGGCUUUGUGUAGGAACGAGACAAAAGAGUCCAAAAUGCCUGAAGCCAACUACCUGCUGUCGGUGUCUUGGGGUUACAUUAAGUUUAAGCGAAUGUUGAAUCGGGAACUGACGCACCUAUCUGAGAUGAGUCGGUCUGGGAAUCAGGUUUCCGAAUUCAUAUCCAACACCUUCCUAGACAAACAGAAUGACGUGGAGAUCCCGUCGCCAACAUCCAAAACGAGAGAGAAGAAGAAACAGCAGAAGCAGCAGCUGAUGACGCAGAUCAGUGGAGUGAAGAAGGUUUCUCACGGGCCCUCGCUCUCCAACAGCAGCAUCUCUCGCUUUGGAGUCAAGACUGGUAAAGAGGAGCUGCUGUCCAAGGAGCUGGACGACCUGAACAAGUGGGGUCUAAAUAUCUUCAGCGUGUCGGAAUACUCCAACAGUCGACCUCUCACCUGCAUCAUGUACGCCAUUUUUCAGGAGAGAGACCUUUUGAAGACAUUUAAGAUUCCUGCUGAUACGUUUGUGGCUUACAUGAUGACACUGGAAGAUCACUACCAUUCAGAUGUGGCCUAUCAUAACAGCCUGCAUGCUGCUGAUGUUGCUCAGUCGACACACAUCCUUCUCUCCACUCCUGCUCUAGAUGCGGUCUUCACAGACCUUGAGGUCCUAGCCGCCAUCUUUGCUGCAGCUAUCCAUGAUGUUGAUCAUCCCGGAGUUUCAAACCAAUUCUUAAUCAAUACCAACUCUGAGCUGGCCCUGAUGUACAAUGAUGAGUCCGUACUGGAGAACCAUCAUUUGGCUGUAGGCUUCAAGCUGCUACAGGAAGACAACUGUGAUAUCUUCCAAAACCUCACAAAGAAGCAGAGACAGUCCCUGCGCAAGAUGGUCAUUGACAUGGUUUUGGCGACGGACAUGUCCAAACACAUGAGUCUGCUAGCUGACCUGAAGACUAUGGUUGAGACCAAGAAGGUGACAAGCUCUGGAGUAUUGCUGCUGGACAAUUACACUGACAGGAUACAGGUGCUGCGUAACAUGGUGCACUGUGCUGAUCUGAGUAAUCCCACAAAGUCCUUGGAGUUGUAUCGUCAGUGGACUGACAGGAUAAUGGAGGAGUUUUUCCACCAGGGAGACCGAGAGAGGGAGAGGGGGAUGGAGAUUAGCCCCAUGUGUGAUAAACACACAGCGUCGGUAGAGAAGAGUCAGGUGGGCUUUAUAGACUACAUUGUUCAUCCUUUGUGGGAAACUUGGGCAGAUCUGGUCCACCCUGAUGCCCAGGACAUUCUGGACACUUUAGAGGACAACAGGAACUGGUACCAGAGCAUGAUUCCCCAGAGUCCCUCUCCUCCCUUCUAUGAACAGGGCACUCACGGACACAGUGGAGGUACAGGAAUACAGGGAGGAGGGGAAAAGUUUCAAUUUGACGUGGCUUUGGAGGAGGAAGACUUGGAAGGAAUGGAUAAAGAUGGGGAAGAGGACGAAGAGUUUGAGGAGGAAGAGGACGAUCUUGGAAAUUCCCAUUCUCCUCCCCUGGACUACUUGGACAGUCAGAUGCCUGAGGACGGUGCCAUGAUUGAGUCGGCAAUAGAGAUUGUGACGCACGAGGCGUCACCCACAGACACAUAAGGCUUCCAUCAUCGAGCUCACGCGGUGAUUUGAAAGGCUUUUUUUGGGGAAAAGAGGGAGUAUCCUCUUGCAGCUGGGCUUUUUAAUAAGCCCACAGAGGUGAGGGCUUUCGUUUGGCCCGCGCUGGGGCAUCUUGCACUUGGGUUGUUGAAGCCAGACAGAGGCGGACGAUUUUUGGAGAGAUGGCUUCAGAGUUCUCAGGAAUUAGUUACUGCGAACAAUCUAGGCUCAAUAAAGAAGAGUGGAACUUGAAAAAAUUCAGCCAGUUUGGGAAACUACUUCUUUUCUGGACUGGUAUUAAAUGGACACUGACACUACUGAGAGAAGUUUUGUAUCGUAAGACUCUUUGUUUGGUUGUAUUUUAUUUUAAGAUACGUGUUCUAGAAGUAGCAUAGAAUAAGAUCUACUGAUGGAGACACAUUUGUAUAGCGAGAGAAAAGUGUUUACUUUUUUCUGUACCAUUUGUCAAAGAACUUUUGUGUGCCUUUUUACAACUGUCUUUAUAAUAGUUUUUUUUUAUUUAUUAAACACUUUAGUGUCAAAAAGAAAAGAAAAGAACUUUUGUAUGUCAAAGAAAUAAGUCUUCCAUGUAUUGGGCAAUAGAGAAAUCCAAGCAAACAUCAACUCAAAUGUCUACAGUAAAUGGGGAAAAUAUACUCAUUACUUAUCUUUUGUUUUUUGUUUUCAAUCUGAGCACAAGUUUUUUUUUUUCCUUACAUGCAGAAUUUAAACAUGCAUUCACUUAUAAAUCGUGUUACAUCUUUCAUUAGUUGCUUUAUUUAUCAGACAUCAGCCAGUCAAGGAAUAAAUGUCAAGAUCAAACCUAAACAUCUUUAUGUAAAUCCUUUUAUUUUAUUACUACUUUACUUCGUGUUUGGCUGCAAACCAUAAAACUUUCCUUCAAUUUCACUUGAAAAAUUGGAUGAAAUGCACCAUUUUCAGGAGCACAAAGUUCUAGGUUUUCAGCUUCUCAUCAAGCACUUCCUACCACCUUCGUAAGUUAGGAUGUAAAUUGGAUUUGUUCGCUAACUUUUCAGUUAUUUGGGGUAUUUACAUGAUUUACAAACCCCUCUUGGUUUUACUGACAUGACCUCAAAACAAUCAGGCCAGCUAUUUCUCCCUCAAAAUCCCUCAAGUGCUGUUUCUGCUCAUUGACGUCAAUUGAAUUUUUUUCCUGCCCCCUUGAUGCUUAAGGUUUCCAGGACAUUUGGGUUAUUAGGAAUUUUCACUGGCAGGACUGCUGGAUCCAGCGUGGCAGACUGUAAUGUUAUAAAUGGUAAAGAAAGUAUAAAUAUUUCCGUUUCAAUUUUUAACAGUACCCCACCAGCAUCCAAAAUGGCGUCUCUGUUUCCUUAAUAAUUCAAAGGAGGAUGGCUUGAAAAAUGGUUU